AUGAGUACCUCAGCCCAGUAUAUACUAUCAAAAUUUAAUAUUUCGGCUAAAAUAAUACCAAACGAUUUGCUCCGGGAUGUCAUCAAAGUGUUUCACAUAUUUGACGAUACGGAAGGCCAAAACCUGGUGUUUAUCACCUCCGAUGAUCACAACAAUAAUGACCAGUGUUUCGCCAUGGGAUCCAAUGAAUACGGUUGUCUGGGUUUAGGUCACUAUCAAACUGUUGAAUCACCCGAACCACUACCCGAGCUUAGCGGCCGACGUGUACGCCGACUGAUUAGUGGCCAAUAUUUUAUGUAUGCCUUAACUGGUGACAAUCGGGUCCUGCACUGGGGCUGGCAUUCGGGUCACCGAAACUAUGAGAAACACUUUAUACGACCCGAACCAGUGCCCGAACUGGUCAACAACAACAACAACAACAACAUGGAAAUUGUUGACCUGAGUUGCGGUCUAUACUGGGCCGUAGGUCUGACCAUCGAUGGCCAAGUAUGCGAGUGGCCGACAUUGUAUAGCAAUGUACUGAUGUUGUCGAAUGAAUCGCCGGAUAAUGAUUUCAGACUAACUAAAGUUGAUUUCGCCGACAAUACCGAUACGAUUACUACUGUCCAGUGCAGUGGUGUCGGCACACGACUGGCACUUACCAGUGCCGGACAGGUAUAUAUCUGGGGAUCUGUCGAUAGGGGUAGGGCUCGUCCUAUUAGACAGUUAGCUAAAAAUGUUGUCAGCAUUUGUCCAUCAACUCGUUACGCCUACUAUCUGACCACCGAUGGACAGGUACUCUAUAGUGAUAACAACAACAACAACAACAACAACAACAACAACAAUGACUGUGAUGUAAGGCCUGUCGAGUUUGUGGACAACAAUGAUGAGCUUCAUGUUAAUGGUAUUUACAGUGUUACCGCUUAUUAUACUGCUUUGCAUAGCGAGGAGUGCACCCGAGUUGCACUAUUAGCUACCGGUGCUGAUGAUGAUGACGAUGAUACUAAAGUCUAUGAAUUAACAGAUAAUUUCGAGACAAUGAAAACAGUGUUCAACAAUAUAUUAGACUAUUAUGCAGUUAAUAUGCAAUUAACAUAUAAGACAAUUGAUUUAAGUAGCGAUGAAUUUGUGGUUAAUUAUUGUAUUGAUAAUAAUAAUCAACAACAAAUCAACGGUUCUGGUCAAUUUGAUCGGCUAUUCGAUGUGGUCAAACACAUGGGCUCCGGUAGUUUCGGUAGUGUAUGUAUGGUUAAACCUAAAGAUACAAAGUUACGUGGUGAUGACCUGGAUAGUAUUAGCUGUUUUGCUAUGAAAAUUAUCAAUUUAAAAGAUCUAACCGAUCAAACUGUUAGGCGGGUGCUGGAUGAAACCAAAAACAUGAUAAACGUACGUUCCCUGUAUGUAGUCGAAUAUCUAAACUCAUGGAUUGAAGGACCUGUACUCUACAUACAGAUGGCUAACUGUGCGGGUAGUUUGCGUCAAGUACUUAGUCUUAGACACCAGGCUUUCAAUAGACAACAACAACAACAAGCGACUGACAACAAUAGGUUAGGUAUAGUUGAAUACUAUCUAUGGUGUCAUGUAUUUCGCGAAAUCCUUGAAGCUGUCGACCAUUUGCACAGUUUGACGCCCCGUCCUAUUAUACACAGGGAUCUCAAACCCGAUAACCUGCUCAUCCAGUACUACGGUUUGAUGUCCAAUCGAUAUGUCCUGCUGUGCGAUUUUGGACUGGCCACUCUACACGAUCGGGCCAUACAUGAACGGCCGGCCUACAAACACUCGGCAGGUGUCGGUACACUGGUAUACGAGGCACCGGAGGUUAGGGCCGGUCAGGUAUACAAUCACAAAGCGGAUGUCUACAGUCUAGCGGUUAUCUCAACGAAAUUGUUUGAUAUAGAUAUCUAUGAGUUUAAAGUUCCCGAAUCAAAUUAUUCACAACAUGAUAAUAAUAAUAAUAAUCAACAACAAAAAUUAUUUAAUAAAGCUAUCUAUAAAUUGCAAACWUGUUUACUGGAAAUGUUAUCAACGUUUAGAAAUAAGAGACCCGACUGUCGCCAAGUGUUGGCCAGUUUUAGGGAAUKGUCUAUAGAUACCGGAGCUAUAGUCCAAAAUCUGGAUAAUGAUGAAGAAUAUAUAGAAGACAUCUUACAUGAAGACAAUAACAAUCAAUUAACAAAUGAUAGCGAAACAGAUGUAUACAGUUGUUGUAGUGAUGACUUCAAGAGUGGUGAUGAAGAAGAAGAAGAAUUGGUGGUAAAAGUCAGACAACCGUUGAAUAAAACUUUGAAAUUUAAAUAUCAAUGCAAUUUCAAUGACUGUACGAAACGGUUCCGCAAUGAAUACAUACUUAAUAGACAUAGAAAUACACAUCAAUUAUUGGAUAGGGAUUUGAAUACUAAACAACAACAAAAUGUCAGACAAAACAAUCAUCAAAGACUAGGAGGAAGAGGAAGAAAGCCAUCGAAGAGUAGUACCGGUAAAGUAAACGACACUAAAGUUAGACAAACAGUUAAACAGAAAAAGACGAAGAAGAAGAAAGUAAAGCGAAUUCAAUCAGAAGAUGAACUGAAAGCCAUGAAACUGUUUAAUACGAAAAAAUGUCGUCAACCGGAUGGCACUUAUCGGUGUCCAUGGGAUGGCUGUUCAAAGAUAUUUAGAUCAUUAAAUUCAUUGGGCCAACACCGUCACAUACAUCUGGGUACAUACAGGUGCCCGCUAACCGAUUGCGGUUUUCUAGGCCGCAGUGACUAUCAUUUGAAUAUACAUCAAAUUAUACAUUCAUCGGACAAAUCGUUCGGAUGUCGGGAUUGUGAUAAAUAUUUUUCCCGACAACUAUUGCUAUACAAUCAUCGAUUGGUAGUACAUCCCGAUGCCUAUCCGGACAUACCGUUUAGACAGUGCCCGGAAUCGGGUUGUACUUAUCAGACAAAACUGUUGGGUUCAUUCAAAAAACAUCAACAACAACAUAGCCUACCAGUUAGUUGUCUGGAUUGUGGUAAACGUUUCAGAAGUAAUUAUGACCUCCAACUACACCAUCAAUCCAGACACCAGUCGGUUAAACAAUUUAAAUGCCAAUUGUGUGGCAAACUGUUUAAAACAAUUAGAAAUCGUAGAAAUCAUUAUCAGUUACAUCAUCAACACGGAGACUAUCAAUGUGAUUACGAUGGCUGUAACCAAACGUUUACUAUUAAACUAAAAUAUCUUAGACAUCAGAAAACACACGACAAGAACAACAACCCCGAUGUCGAUCCCCGUCCGCACGUGUGUGAGUGGCCGGGAUGUGACCGUAGGUUUGUGACAAACGCUGCGAUGACUUACCAUUUGAAUACACAUUCGGGUGAUAUUGUCUACCGGUGCGAUUGGCCAGAAUGUGAUAAGUCAUUUAUAGUAAAAUCAUCGUAUAUAAUGCAUAUGGCCAGACACGAGGGUAAACAUACCUACCGGUGCUCGUGGCCUGAAUGCGAUUACAGUACACAAAACACUGUUAGACUUAAAAGUCAUAUAAUGAAACACAAGGAUAUCAAUCAAUUGACUGAUGUAUUAGUGAUACCUGUAUUGUCAAGCAAUGAAUGUAAUGAUAAUAAUAAUAAUAUUAGCGAAACAAUUGCCGAUAAAAAUGUCGCAAACAAUGUGGUCAUCAAUGAAGACAACAAAAUUCAGAAAAAUAAUAUGAAUAACAAUGAUAUCAGUGAAGUAAUUGAUGAAAAUGGAGAUACUAUUGAAGUUAUUAAUAGCAAACAAGAUAUAAGUAAUGAUAAUAAUAAUAAUAAUAAUAGAGAUAUUAAUGAAGACAUUGAUUGUCAAUCAAAUUGUAGCGAAACAGAUGUAUACAACAGUUGUAAGGGUUUACAGAUAUUGGUCAGCAAAGAGAGGUGUAAAAUAUGGUUAAAUCAAGUCGGACUUUUGGUUAUACCGGACGGCAUGGCCUGUACGCAAUGCAAAAAAGAAAUGACAUUUGAAGCCGAUAAUGGAUGGGGUAGGUUUCGGUGCCAACGGACACACGCAAAAGAUCCCAAAUCAAUUGAUGGAUUCAGUGAUAAUUGCAAACAUAAUAAUAAUAAUACUAAAAAUGACAAUCAAUUGACUGAUGAAUUAGUGAUAUCUAUAUUGUCUGUCAAUGAAUGUAAUGAUAAUAAUAAUAUUAGCGAAACAAUUAUUGCCGAUAAAAAUGUCGCAAACAAUUUGGUCAUCAAUGAAGACAACAAAAUUCAGAGAAAUAAUUGUAGUGACAAUGAUAUCAGUGAAGUAAUUGAUGAAAAUGAAGACACUGUUGAAGUUAUUAAUAGCAAACAAGAUAUAAGUAAUGAUAAUAAUAAUAAUAAUAAUAAUAGAGAUAUUAAUGAAGAUAUUAAUUGUCAAUCAAAUGGUAGCGAAACAGAUGAAUACAGUUGUGAUGGUUUACAGUGUAAUAGCAUUAGUAGUAGUAGUAGUAGUAGUGAUGAUGAAGAAGAAGAAGUUGUGGUAAAAGUCAAUCAACCGAUGAAUAAAAAGAUAAAUAAUAAAACUUUAUUUAAAUAUCAAUGCAAUUUGAAUGACUGUACGAAACGGUUCCGCAAUCAAUACAUACUUAAUAGACAUAGAAAUACACAUAAAUUAAUGGAUAGGGAUCUGAGUUGCAAUACUGAUGACAACGACAACAACAGUUAUCAAAGAAGUGGUAAUAGAAGUACAUUGAAGAUGAAAGUGACAAAACAAAUAACAACAGUUAACAACAGUAAUAGACAAAAACUAUUGAAUAUAUCUAUUGUCGACAACCGGAUGGCACAUAUCGGUGCCAAUUGGACGGCUGUAAGCAAACAUUUAGACAAUUAUCGCCACUAUAUAGACAUUUGA